AUGGAUUACAAAAUUGAUGGGCACGGCACCAUCGUUCUUGAUGAUGAUGAAGAGCUAAAGGUGGCUGAACGCGUCCCAGUCAAAGAAGAAUUUGAAAUCAAGGCUAUCAAACGAGAGCUCAAGUGUAUCGAAAUCAAAGACGAGGAUGAUAACCGCAAAUUCUUACGUUCAACCACCGCGCGUUCAAUUGCUCCCCGUCGCAAUCGCGCACCCGUUCCUUACAUGAACACUCAAGAUUGGACAGAGGCCGAAGAUCAUGCGUUAUUAAGCGGAAUUCAAACUCACGGGGGAAAAUGGUCGAUAAUUUGUCGCGAAAUCGAUACUGGGAGAACUCCAAUUCAGUGUUUUAGAAGGUGGAAUAAGAUGGUUCGAUGUAUUCAAAGGAGAGUCGCUAUUCGAUAA